GGCUUUCAUUAAAGCCACUACUUCCUGUCAACUGAGCUGGAUGGUCUGCGUUCUGGUCUGCUGCUUUAUAAACCAGUUCUCAGCUCAGCUCACUUAGACAUUGCUUGUUUCAACUUCUUUUCAGUCUGCUUUGGAACAGCUUCUGCCUGCAGCUAUGCUGCCUGAUUCAACUUCAGCUCUUCUUCUCCUGAGUGUCCUCCUUGUUCACUCCUCUGUUCUGUCCUGUCGGAUUGGGACCCAAAGAGAGUGUGAUGCUGCUCCAUUUGUACCAGGCUACAAGCUGGUGGGGAAAGGUUUUGAUAUAGUCACACUGCAGAGAAAAGGACCUCUUGUGAUUGAUGUGAACACUUACCUGAGCCCCAGCAAAACCUGCAAACUCUGCACCAACCCUCUUCAAAACAAUGCCCACCAAAAACUUCCAUCAUCUGUUGUGGACUGGAGUGCUAUCAGUCAAUGCAGUGCUGACAUCAUCAGCAGUCAUCACACCUCUGUUAGCUCUGUGAAUAAGGCUUACACAUCCCACGACAACAAUGAUUGGACGUUUGGCUUGGAACUUGAAAAGUUUUUGUUUGACAACUUCGAUGUGGGAGGAACCGGCUCCAAUGCCUAUAAGUUCGCUUCACGAAAUAUCAAAGAGGACCGCUACACUUUCAGCAAACACAGUGUCACCUGCAGCCAUUAUGAUUUUAUAUUAUCAACCACACCUCCCUUAAGCGUAGAGUUCAAAAAGCAGUUAGAGUCCCUGCCAAGUCACUACAACUACUCCACUAGGAAUGAGUAUAGAAAGUUCAUACAGAUCUUUGGCACACACUACUUCAGACUGGUUAAUCUUGGAGGGCAACUGAGUCAAUUGGUAUCUCCACGAAGCUGCCUGUCCUCCUUGAAUGGAUUAACCCCAAGUGAGAUCCACUCCUGUUUAUCUUUGGGUGUUGCUGUUGGCUUGGGCAAGAUGAAAAUCUCUCAUGUCCAGAAGUCUUGCAUUGGUGUCCUAAAAAACCAGGACUCCUCCACUAACUUCAGCCCUGGUCUCCACCAACACCACACAGAGGUGUCAGGAGGAAAUGGUUGGUUGGGGAAGUUUUCAAUUUCCCAAAAUGAUUCUACAGCCUACUGGAACUGGCUGAAGAGCCUGAAAGACCAUCCAGAUGUUGUUUCGUACUCUAUUCGACCUCUCUAUCAGCUUAUGCCAAACAAGCUUCAACAGGCAGGGAUGAAAGCUGCUAUUGAGCAGUAUUUGAAGGACAAUGCUGUGAAGAAAUCAUCCAGAGAGCCACACUGUGAGACCACCACUCCUAAUUUGUCCUCUGACUGCUGCCCUCUGCACGCCUCAAGGGGAAAUCUAUCAGUGACCAUUGUUCGAGGCUGGAAUCUAUACGGAGAUACGAUUGGACAAACUGACGGCUUUGCCAAGAUGUACUAUGGCUCCAUAUCCCACCAGACCAAAAUGAUCGAAUCCGAUGAUCCUCAGUGGAACACUGAGUUUAAUUUGGGCAAGGUGGACACAAGCCUGGUUCUGAAGAUUGAGGUUUGGGAUGAAGAUUGGAAAUAUCACGACCUCCUCAUAAAGUGCGAGAAGUACCUGAUCCGGGGCUCUCACACUUUCACAUGCAAAUCAGAUUUAGGAAACGUUGAGGUUAAAUACACCCUGACCUGUGACCCGUAUCUGACUGGAGAAAGGUGCGGCCUUUAUAAACCAUCUCCUUAGUUGCUGGAGAUUGGUGAGUUUUGAGAAUGAAAGCAUUUCAUUUCAUCACGUAACAUUAACUUAUUUAAUCUGAUAGAAACUCACAAAUUAUACUUAAUUACUUAACUUUGUUAAACACCUAGCUAAAUGUGUAAUUAUCAUACAAUGAAAGAAAAUCAAGAUUCUGUGUAACAUUUAAUCACAAUAAAUAACUAUGCUUUAAUAUGUGCAACCAGAAAUUGUGUUCCCUUUAAUGACAAAAAAUUUUUUGAAAUUGCUACAAGUUGUUGAUUUUAUAUAUUUUCAACAAAUCUUGUAUUAGUUGUAUGAAUUAUGUCUUGUAUGUGUUGCUAUAGAAGACAUAGUUACAUUACAGGAUGUGUCACAAAACUAUUUGGUCAAGACCUUCUGUAUGCAGCAAAGCAGAGAACAAGGGGACAUCAUUUUCAACCUGAUCAUUAUUUCCUUACAGUUUUAUGGUCAAAAUCAAGAGGCACUGUAGAAAUAUUUUAACUGAAAUGAUCUUUCAUCAUGUAGUCAUGUUUCAAACAGUGACGACAUCUCAUGAGCCAGAAUGUUAAUCGUUUUUAUUAUUCUUAUUUUCUGCAUAAAAGGUGUCAGUAAUAUUUAGUAUAUGUUAUGUUAUGUUUGCUGCAUUCUUAUGUUCACUGUAUUUGAUGUGUGAAGUUGUUGUGCUGUUUUCCCAUUGAUCUGAGUCUUUCAGUUCCUACCUUGUCGUUGCAGCAGAGAGCAAACCAGAAAAAAACUCAACCAUCAGCCUGUAGGUGCAGCGUGCCCGCACUCAGGAUAACAGAAGAAAUAACUGAAUGCAACGCUAUGUAACUGGCAUGAGAUAACAGAAUAAACUAUGUAACUUGGGACCGCCCUUAAGGAAAUAAAAAGAAAGGGUACGGCAGAACUUGCAUCAGAGCGGUUAGGAGAUUGUGACAGAAGCAAGUCCUGUCCGUCCUCCUUGCAAGAAAA